GGAUUCUCCUGGCUGAUGGAGCUGCAGGCGCUGCUCUUCGCAAUGGUUCUGUCCAUGUACGCGGUCUCCCUGACGGGGAACAUUCUCAUCACAGCCAUCAUAAAAGCCAACCAGUCCCUCCACACGCCUAUGUAUUUUUUCCUUACCAACCUGUCCCUGCUGGAGAUCUGCUACACAACGUCCAUUGUGCCCAAAAUGCUGGUGAGCCUGGUGUCAGAAAACAGAAGGAUCUCACUAUGGGGUUGUGCCACGCAGAUGUAUUUUUUCACCCUCUUUGGCAUCACUGAGUGCUGCCUCCUGGCUGCCAUGGCCUACGAUCGCUAUGUGGCCAUCUGCAACCCGCUGCGCUACACCCUUGUCAUGAGAAAAGGGGCCUGCGCCCAACUGGCCAUAGCCUCCUGGAUGGUGGGGAUGCUAGUGGGCUUGAGCCAGACCAGCUAUGUCUUCAGUCUGACAUACUGUGGACCCAACAGGAUCAACCACUUCUUCUGCGACAUCCCGCCCCUCCUGAAGCUGGCUUGCGGGGACACCUCCAUGAAUGUGUUGGCCGUGUACCUGGUGGCUCUUCUUUUCAUAACCUCCCCAUUCAUGCUCAUCCUGACCUCCUACCUCUUCAUCAUUGCCUCCGUCCUGAGGAUGCCAUCAGCUGAGGGGAAGCACAAGGCCUUCUCCACCUGCUCGUCCCACCUCAUCGUCGUCUUGCUCUUCUAUGGCUCCGGCAUCUUUACCUACCUCAGACCCAAGUCCAGCUACUCAAUGGAGAGCGACAAGCUUCUGGCCCUCUUCUACACGGUGGUGACGUCCAUGCUGAACCCCAUUGUCUACAGCCUGAGGAACAAGGAGGUCAAGGAGGCCCUGAGGAGGGUGCUCCAUGGGAUGACAUGCCCUCGCAUGGCCAACACAGAAUGGAGAAAUCAAACGACCAUCACAGAAUUUAUCUUCCUGGGAUUUGGGGAUCUCCCUGAGUUGCAGAUCCUUCUCUUCCUGCUGUUUCUAGUGUUCUACAUUGCAACCAUGGCUGGCAACGUCCUCAUUGUUGUGCUAGUUGUGACUGAUCAGCACCUUCACACCCCCAUGUACUUCUUCCUCGGGAACUUGUCCUUCUUGGAAACCUGCUACACAUCCACCAUCCUGCCCAAGAUGCUGGCCAGUCUCCUGACUGGGGAUCGGACCAUUUCAGUCAGUGGCUGCCUUGCACAACUGUUCUUCUUUGGUUCUCUGGCAGCUACAGAAUGCUGUCUUCUAGCAGUGAUGUCUUAUGAUCGGUAUUUAGCGAUAUGUAAACCCCUGCACUAUUCAGUUCUGAUGAAUAUCAGGUUUUGUCUCCUGUUGGCUGCUGGUUCAUGGUUCAAUGGUUCUUUGGCUACUACCAUCUUUAUAUUAUUCAUGUCACAGUUCAUAUUCUGUGGCCCGAAUGAAAUUGACCAUUUCUACUGUGAUUCCGGCCUAUUGGUAAAUCUUGCUUGCGGGGACACACACCUUAUGGCAUUGUUGCUUUCUGUCCUAGCCUGUGUAUUCACUCUGCCUCCAUUUCUACUAACCUUGACAUCCUACGUGUGUAUCAUCACCACCAUCCUGAGAAUCCCUUCCAUUACUGGGAGGCAGAAAGCCUUUUCCACCUGCUCCUCUCACCUAAUUGUGGUGACAAUUUUCUAUGGGACCAUAAUGAUUGUCUACAUGCUCCCAAAACGUGAUACACCACGAGUGCUAAAGAAAGUGCUCUCUCUUUGCUACACAGUCCUCACUCCUCUGGUAAACCCUCUGAUCUACAGCCUGAGAAACAGAGACUUCAAGGAAGCCUUGAGCCAAGCAGUCAUUAAAUACGUGGCUUUCACAAAGAAUGUAGAGAUGGGUAGAUAA